UGAGCCAGCCAUAGCCCAAGAAUCCAUCCAAGCAAGCAGCCUCUGAUACUGAUACAUCACUCUCUAGCUAGAUUCCCAUUUCCCAGCAGCUUUCUGCUAGCUCUUGUUCCAAAAUUCCAUCUCCAUCUCUCCAAUGGACACCACUGCAACCACCAUAUGCUGCUCGCACGCACGUAUAAGUAGGCCUCUCCCCAUGGCCACCAUUGAGGCGCACUACCACCGCUGCUACCAGUUCUCCCCGGCGGCGAGGAGGAGGAAGCAGGAGGGGGAGGAGGAGGAAGACGAAGGUUCGAGGGCGGCGCCAAUGGUGAAGUUCUCCAAGCAGUUCGAGGGCCAGCUUGUGCCCGAGUGGAAGGACGCCUUCGUGGACUACUGGCAGCUCAAGAAGGACAUCAAGAGGCUACAGGCUGCGGAGGCGGAGAAGGUGACGGCGGUGUCGUCGUCUCCGCCGCCGCCGGCGGCCGCGCCGGUGACGGCGGCGCAGUGGGUGAUGAGGCUGCCGUUCUUGCACCCCCAUGGUCACCACCACAAGGAGCAUGGCGCCAUCCAGGUGCACAGGAAGCUGGCGAGCGGCGGAGGGGGCGGCGCGGUGGCCGGAGAGGUGUACGAGACGGAGCUGGCGGGCGGCGGCGCCGGGUUCCCGGACGGCGAGGCGGCGGCGGCGUUCUUCGCGAGGCUGGACGAGCAGCUGAACAAGGUGAACCGGUUCUACGAGCGGAAGGAGGCGGAGUUCGUGGAGCGCGGCGAGUCGCUCCGCCGGCAGCUGCAGAUCCUCGCCGACCUCAAGGCCGCCGUCGUCGCCGAGCAGCGGCGCGGCAGCCGCUCGCCGCCGGGCUCCGAGGACCCCUCCGUCUCCUGCUCCAUCCUGCACGGAGAUCAGUCCCUCAGAGGCGCCUGUGACCCAGAGCAGGAAGGCCAGGAGAAGCUCACCAGAGACAUCACUGCAAGGAGCCCCGACGCAGCAGGGGACGAUGACCAGCUGCUCUCUAUCCCUCAAGAACUGGGAGAUUCAGGGAGGCUUGGCAGGACAAGAGAAUCAGAAGCUGACGGCGGCGGCAGCAAGCUGAGGACGGCGCUCUCAGGAGGGAGGGCGAUCACCUGCCAGGGCAGGAGCCUGAGGAUCAACAUCCCGGUCACCACGCCGACAAGGACGGUCACCGCCAUCCGCGAGCUGCUGUUCGACGACAAGCUGAGCCAGUCCAGGCGGAGCGGCGGCGGCACCAACGGCGGCAAGUGCGGCGACAAGCUGAGCAUCAACAAGAGGAAGGUGCACCAGGCGGAGAAGAUGAUCAGGGGUGCCCUGGUUGAGCUGUACAAGGGGUUGGGGUACCUCAAGACGUACCGGAGCUUAAACAUGAUGGCGUUUGUUAAGAUCUUGAAGAAAUUUGACAAGGUUACAGCAAAGGAAGCACAGUCCAUAUACCUGAAAGUGGUGGAGAGCUCCUACUUCAAUGUCUCUGACAAGGUGAUUAGGUUAAUGGACGAUGUGGAUGAGCUGUUUGUGAGACAUUUUGCCGAUGGUGAUAAAAGGAAAGCAAUGAAGUAUCUGAAGCCAAAUCAGAGGGAAGAAUCACACACCACAACAUUUUUCAUAGGACUAUUCACUGGUGGCUUUUUAGCAUUGUUCAUUGGCUAUUGUAUCAUGGCGCACAUUGCUGGGAUGUACACUCAGCAGUCAAACAAGGUCUACAUGGCAACAUCAUAUCCCGUCCUGAGCAUGUUCAGCCUCUUCUUUCUUCAUCUCUUCCUCUACGGAUGCAACAUCUUCAUGUGGAGAAAGACACGUAUAAACUACACAUUCAUAUUUGAAUUCACACCUACGAAAGAGCUCAAGUAUCGUGAUGUGUUCCUGAUUUGCACUACUUCCAUGACGAUUGUCAUUGGUGUAAUGUUUGCGCACCUGACACUCAUUGUCAAAGGGUAUUCGUCAUGUGCAGUCCAAGCAAUACCGGGAGCUCUACUUCUGGUUUUCUUGCUAAUAUUGGUCUGCCCUUUCAACAUCCUCUACCGAUCAUGUCGUUACCACUUCCUAAGAGUGAUCAGAAACAUCAUUCUAACCCCCUUCUACAAGGUUGUCAUGGUUGAUUUCUUCAUGGCUGAUCAACUUUGCAGCCAGGUACCACUGCUUAGGAGUCUGGAGUAUCUGGCAUGUUAUUACAUAACUAGCAGCUAUAAGACACAAGACUAUGGCUACUGCACAAGAGUGAAGCAUUUUAGAGAUUUGGCUUAUGCAGUAUCCUUCCUGCCUUACUACUGGAGAGCUAUGCAGUGUGCAAGGAGAUGGUUUGAUGAGGGGGACAUAAACCACAUUGUCAACCUUGGCAAGUAUGUGUCAGCAAUGCUUGCUGCUGGAGCAAAAGUGGCAUAUGAGAAUGAUAACAGUGCUGGAUGGCUGUCACUUGUUGUCAUUGUGUCAAGUGUCGCCACGAUCUACCAACUAUACUGGGACUUUGUCAAGGAUUGGGGCCUUCUGCAGUUUAAUUCCAAGAACCCUUGGCUCCGUAAUGAUCUGAUACUUAGACAGAAGUACAUCUAUUUCCUAUCCAUGGGUCUGAACCUUAUCUUGAGGCUUGCAUGGCUUCAGACUGUCAUCCACCCUAACAUCGGAAGCCUGGAUUCCAGAGUAACUCUGUUCUUCUUGGCAGCUCUUGAGGUGAUUCGACGAGGCCACUGGAACUUCUACAGGUUGGAAAACGAGCACCUAAAUAAUGCAGGGAAGUUCAGAGCUGUGAAAGUUGUUCCACUUCCUUUUCAUGAAGUGGAAGAGGACUAAUGAAACAGACCAUCAUUGCAGCAAAUUCUAGGGAUUCAGAACUCCAAGCAGUUCAGAUGUAACCAACUAAUGUUAGAGAGUACUACCCUAUUAUGAUUCAAUUAAAUUUUUUGGUAUGAGGAAUAAUGGAUACUUCACAAGUUCAGUUUGGAAAGUUACAAGCAAAAGGCAAACAAUAUAUAGAUGUAUUAUACAGGGGUUCCAAUUAGUGUACCAGGUACAAAUGAAUACUAAUCUCGUGCAAUUGAUGUGAAUUCACCCAUGGGAAAGUCCAAUCAAUCACAAGGGUUCUUUCAGCCACUACAUCCAUUUUGCAAUUCAGUUUACUGGAAAUGUAUUUGUAUCUAAUAUUCUAGCUAAUGGUUGAAGUUUGACCAACCACAGAUUACCUCAAAAGAUAUUAAUAAUGGAUAAUUUUCCAA